AUGUCCUGCGUCGAUGCGCUGCGCAGCACCUGGGACGCGGAGCGCGCGGAGCUGCAGCGCUCGGAGCGGGUGCUCUCGUCGCUGCGCCUGGCGCGGAAGUCUUUGGAGCAGCGCCAGGAUGAGCUUACUGCCGAAUGCGCGCGCUUGCACGAUGAGGUGUCCAGCGACCCGCGGGUGGCUUUGCGCAUGGCCCUGGAAGGCGAUGUUGAGGCGCUGCAGACAGAGCUGGAGGCCUUCGGGCCCCGUAAGGCCCAGAUGGUGCGGGAGCAGCGCGCGCAGAUGCAGGCGCAGGAGGCGGCCAAGUGCCGCGAGAGGAAGCUGCAGCAGGCGGCCAAGGAGCUGCAGGCGUCUCAGCAGCAGGCGGCGGAGCGGCGGGAGGCCUUCUGCGCGCGCGGCGCGGAGCGGGGGGCCGCGGCGCGGUCCAAAGUCUCCGCGGAGGUGCUGCUCCGGGCGGAGGAGGAUGCCGCGCAGCUGAGAUUGGAGCUGCAAAGCGCUGAGUCGGAGCUGCAGGAGAUGCGCCAAAAGUUGGCAGCGAGCUGGGUGGAGGAAGGUGUGGUGACCAUGGGUGAUGACCUCGAGAACCUCGAGGCCAUGGAGCGCAAUCUGCAGUGGCUGGCGCACACGCAGCAGGAGGCGGACGUGCAGAGCUCCGCAGGCGAGCGGCUGGAGCGUCGGCAGCAGGCGCUGCAGCGAAGGCUCCGGGAGCUGAACGAGGAGAAGGCCAACUUGGCCUCGGCGCGGGUGGAUCUCGGAGAUGCGGGCAAGGCCAUGCGCGAGAUGAUGGCCUCACAGUCCGAGGGCUACGUGCGGCACCUCACGGGACUUCAGGCCUCCCGGAAGCUCGCCUUCUCGGACCGCCUGAAGCUGAUGCAGGACUGUGCCGACAUGCAGGAGAAACUGGACAAGCUCUCGGCCACCGAGAGCCGCGGAGAUCUGCUGCGCGGCCGGCACACCAAGCUUCAGGCCACCUGCCGCAGUGUGGCGGAGGAGAGCUCGCGCCUCAGGGAGAUGAACGCGGCGCUGGGCUCUUUGCUCCUCAGCGAGGUCGCAGAACCCGGCGACAGCUUCGACGACGAAAGCCUGGCGGACGUGGUGAUGCGUGCGCUCGUGCUGAUGAACAAACUUGUGCAGCGCCAGGAGUCCUACCACACAGAGCGGGAGCAACUCGCGGACCGCAUCAGACAGCUCCAAAGAGGGGCUGUGGACACACCGGACGCCAAAAGCUCUGAAGACGGUGAGGCCGGCGCCUUUGCCAACCUGCGGGGCCGCCUGGGCCGCUUGGCGCAGGCCUUGGUGCAGCAAGGCGGCCGUGGCCAGCGGAAAGAAGAGCGCGCCAGCUGCAGCGUUGAAGGCCAAGCUAACACGCGACGGGAGAAGAUGGCGAGCAUGAUGACGAUUCAGGAGGAGCAGGACACCUCGCCUCAAGGCCAGAUGGGCCUGUUCCAAUGGCGAGUCCGGGAGAUGCUCCUUGCACCGGGUGCCUCGGAGCCGUCAGAGGUUGCCGAAAGUUAUGGAUCCUGCGGUCUCAUAGCUUCGCCCAUAGGCAUUGCCCGACCUGAUCCGCUGCGACGAAUGUCAGGCAGGGCCAAGAAGCGCGGCUCGGAGCUCCAUGAGGUUCACAAAGAUCUGCCGCCGGAAGGCAAAGCGCCACGGCAGGGGCUCAAGCAGAGCUUUCCAGUAGUGGCCAUUCACAGCGACACCCGCCUGGACCAUCUGGAACCAGAACAUCCAAGCGGACUGGACUACCAGAAGCUGGAGGACGACUAUGACAAGUACGUCUUUGAGCGUUCCGAAGAGAAGGAUGGCUUAGAGAUCGAGAAGCGCAGACUUCAACUCCAGAAACAGAAGACCAACAAGGCCAAGCGAGAGGCAGACCGCGCAGCCCAAGAUGCUGAAUGGCGAAUUGCUGAUGCACAACGAGCUGCAGAUGAGCGGCGGGGCCGUCGCGAGCAAGAUUUGCAGGCGCUGGAGGUACAAGUCCGACAAGCAGACAUUCUUCACGACGAGGCCCAGCGUGAGGUGAAGAAGCGUUUGGCCGAAGCCGAAGGAUUGAAAAUUGAGGAGGAGUCCCACUUGGCGACCGGCAUCCGGCUGCUCGAGGUUGCAGUGGCGCGCCGGGUAGCGGCGCAGAAACGCCAUGCGGAGUUGCAGGCGGCGUCGGAGCAGCGGCUGGCGCAGCGCGAGGCAGAGGUGCGGGCCAUCGUGGAACACGUGGAGCAGCAGGAAGCAGAUGCCAAGGACGAGGCAGAGGAGCACUUGCGAUUGGUCCAGGAGCAAUGCGAGAGGCACCUCCGAGCCGUCCGGGAGCAGUCAGCGAAGAUCAAAGAGGCGGUGGCCGCAAACCUUCCGCUCGCGGAGAAGCGCACCGUGGCGGCCAAGGAGGCCACAGCCCGGCGCCGGCUGGAUGCGCGCCAGCGCCUGGACGUCGAGCGUACAACUGCUGGGAUCCACACGACUGCUAUGGAGGAGGACUGCUGCGCUAUGGUGCGGCGAGUCGAGCGACGCGAGGAGGAGACCAAGAGGCACCUGGAAGGCUUCAGCCGGGGACCGGUGGAGAACAUGCACCGCACGGCGGACUUGUGGCACCAUCAGGCCGAGAGGAACACCUUGUGCGACAAGGUGAGUUUGGAGCAGACUGCCUGGGUGCUUGGCCACCAUUACAAGUCCCGGUGGCAGUACACACCGGCGGUGGACUCAAAGGUCUCCAAUAUCUUGCAGGGCUGCUUGCACGGCAGGGACCCGAAGUCCGUCCUGCCGCACCCCUCCCCACGUGGGCUGGAGCCUCCCGGGGAUCUGCCGCAGCUUUGCCCUCCGCCCUGGCCCAUGCUGGCCAACGGCUUGGCAGGCUCUCAUGGGGCUUGA